AGAUAUGCCCAACGCCGACUCCGCAGACAUGGAGGAGGGCUUCAGCGAGAGUCCAGAGGGGCUGGACCAGGACAGUGGCUCUUCCUCCGCUGGUCCAACCCCCAGAGGGCGCUCUGCUGUCAGCAGGAAACACCGCUUUGACCUGGCUGCUAGGACACUGCUGGCCCGCGCUGCUGGUCUGUACCGCUCGGUGCAGGCCCAUCACAGCCAGGCUCGUAGAGAGGGCAGUGCCCUACAGCAGGACACUGGACCUCUGUAUGACUUUAACCUCGACGAGGAGCUGGAGCUGGAGCUGGACGAGGAGACCAUGGAGGCCAUGUUCGGUCAGGACCUGGCCAGCGACACUGACAUCCUGGGCAUGUGGAUCCCAGAGGUACUGGACUGGCCAACAUGGGUGUGUGUGAGCGCAGCGCAGGGUUCUGCUGCUUCCUUUUCCUCGCCUUCACUAAUAAGGUCUUCAUCCUGACUUUCCACGUCACUAAACGUCUCACUCUCAGUGGGGAGACUGACGUGGAAGUUUAGGGUUUAGACUCUCACCAGCUAACUUUCACUCACACACUCAUUCACUUGGGUGCUGUAAA